UAUUGGAAUAGCAAAAUGAAGAAACCGUUAUUCUGUUUUCCAUCGUUUGCGAUUCUCCCCAUUCUCCUUUGGCGCAUUGCAUUUCUCGAAUCCAAAGAGAAAAGAAUAACCUAAAACCAGAGUAGAUCUCUUCAACCAAAUCGGAAGAAGAAGCAACAGAGGAGUGAUCAUCGAGAAUAUAAAGAUGGCGACAAUGGAGAGUUUGAUCGGUUUAGUCAACAGAAUCCAGCAAGCUUGCACCGUUCUCGGUGAUUAUGGUGGCGAAGGAAUGUCUCUUUGGGAAGCUCUUCCCUCUGUUGCUGUAGUAGGAGGCCAGAGUUCUGGUAAGUCAUCGGUCCUAGAAAGUGUAGUUGGAAGAGACUUUUUGCCUCGUGGAUCGGGUAUUGUCACUAGGAGGCCAUUGGUUUUGCAAUUACAUAAGAUAGAGAGUGGAGCUGAAUAUGCUGAGUUCCUACAUGCAAGAAACAAAAAAUUCACUGAUUUUGCUUCUGUUCGUAAGGAGAUUGCGGAUGAAACAGACCGGAUUACUGGAAAGUCGAAACAGAUCUCCAAUAUUCCAAUUCAACUCAGCAUAUAUUCUCCAAAUGUUGUUAACUUGACGUUAAUUGAUCUUCCCGGGUUAACUAAGGUUGCUGUUGACGGACAACCUGAUAGUAUCGUUCAAGAUAUCGAGAAUAUGGUUAGGUCCUAUGUUGAAAAGCCAAAUUGUAUUAUUCUGGCGAUUUCUCCUGCUAAUCAAGAUAUUGCCACUUCUGAUGCUAUAAAGCUUGCUAAAGAAGUUGAUCCUACGGGUGAAAGAACAUUUGGAGUGCUCACUAAGCUUGAUCUUAUGGACAAGGGAACAAACGCUGUGGAUGUACUUGAAGGAAGGCAAUACAGGCUUCUACAUCCAUGGGUAGGAAUUGUGAACCGUUCGCAAGCUGAUAUAAACAAGAAUGUUGACAUGUUAGCUGCGCGAAGAAAGGAGGUCGAGUAUUUUGAAUCUAGCCAUGAGUAUGGACACCUGGCUCACAAAAUGGGUGCUGAAUAUCUGGCAAAGCUUUUAUCUGAGCAUCUCGAAGCAGUAAUUAGGCAGCGUAUACCCAGCAUCAUUGCCUUGAUAAAUAAGACAAUUGAUGAGCUCAAUGCAGAAUUGGAUCGCAUCGGAAGACCAGUUGGUGUUGAUGGUGGGGCUCAACUAUACACGAUUUUAGAAAUGUGCAGAGCAUUUGACCGGGUAUUCAAGGAACACUUGGAUGGAGGACGACCAGGUGGAGAUCGAAUAUAUGGUGUUUUCGAUCAUCAACUACCUGCAGCAAUGAAAAAGCUUCCAUUGGAUCGUCAUCUUUCUCUAAGCAAUGUCAAGAAAGUGAUCUCAGAAGCAGAUGGUUAUCAACCUCAUUUGAUUGCUCCAGAACAAGGAUACAGGAGACUAAUAGAUGGUUCUCUGGGUUAUUUCAAGGGUCCAGCUGAAGCUUCUGUUGAUGCUGUACACUUGAUCUUGAAAGAGCUUGUGAGGAAGGCAGUAGUAGCAACUCAGGAACUUAAACGGUUUCCAUCUCUUCAAGCUGACAUAGCAAAUUCUGCAAAUGAUUCAUUGGAAAAAUUCCGCGAUGAAAGCAGGAGAACAGUAUUGAGAUUGGUGGAGAUGGAGUCCACUUAUCUGACUGUUGAAUUUUUCAGAAAACUUCAGAUGGAACCAGAGAAGAACUCAAAUCCACCCCCAAAUGCUUCAACUCAAAAUACAGAUCGAUACGGAGACCAGCACCUACGGAGGAUUGGAUCAAAUGUUACUGCUUAUGUCAGCAUGGUAUGUGAUUCAUUGAAGACCUCAAUCCCCAAAGCUGUUGUUACAUGUCAAGUCCUGCAGGCUAAGAGAGCAUUGCUCAAUCAGUUCUAUGCUAAUGUUGGCAGGAAGGAGAAGGAACAACUUGGUAAAAUGUUGGAUGAAGAUCCAACACUGAUGGAAAGAAGACAGCAAAUAUGGAAGAGGCUUGAACUAUACAAAUCAGCAAGAGACGCGAUUGAUUCAGUUGGAUGGAAAUAAACAGAGAAAUAUUCAUCAAUUCAACAUGCUUGCAGUACACAAUCGAUGAGUUCUUGAGAACUGAUUCCACAUUCUUUCUUCUACAAAUAAAGCUCAAGCUCGCAUCUUCGAACUGCUUCUUGAAAAUCGAUGUUUGCCAAUGUUAGGUCAGCUGUAUUUUCUCCUCUCUUUUUGUUUUUUCCAGUUUUGGUUUUUAGCAAAGUCCCUAUGUUACAUUGAUCAUCAUCAUCAAUCAAUUGAUUAUUUCUUAAUAAGAAGAGUGUCAUUAAAUGUUCAAUCUUA